AUGAGAGUGUCAUCGCCAGGCCAGGGAUCAAACGGAAGUUGGAAAAGACGAGUCCUUUGCACGGCCUUAAUGAUAGGCACCGUCAGAGAUGCACAUGAUCGAUACACUGCCCCAAUGUUUGUCUGUUCUGCCAUCCGCUCUUCAAUAAGCAGACCACCUCCGGAGUUAGCAGAGAUGGAUGAGAUAAAGGUAUUACCUACUUUGGGAGGCAGGCGCCAUCAGAUAAGCGAGCUUGGUAAGCGAGCUCCUAACCCCUGUCAUAUCGGCUACCUGGACAACCUCAUCCCACCGCCCUAA